GGAACAUUUUGUUUCUGAAGGUAAAUACAGUACAGUCCCUACAGCUGGACGGCCAGUGGCACUUUACGAGCUUUCUCAUUAUCAGCAGCAAUCAAGCUCCAAACUGUUGACAGGCUGGCGUUUAAGCUUUCCCUAACGUCAACCAGGCAGACGUAAGGACGUCAAACUUUAUUAGUUUAGAGUUUGAGUAAUGAGAGACAAACACGUCCUCCCUUCAUGCUUACUUUCAACAAAAAAGAAGUUAUGGAUAUUUGCGACGGGAAGAAGAGGAGACAGGUAAGCGGCGGCGGCGUGCGGGGCUGCAGGCGGAGCGUGGCCGUAAAAAUGAAGCGCGACGUGGGUAAAGUCCUCCGCUCCCUAACGGUGGGGGACAACAAUCACGCGGAGCCUAUGGAGGAGGAAGAGGACGACGACUGCUUCUCCAUUAGCUUCCUGCGGAAUGGCCGACUGGAGCCCUCCGUGGCGCUUUCUCCGCGGUACAGCUUGCUGCGGGAGGUCGGGCGGGGAAGCUACGGGGUCGUUUAUGAGGCUAUAGCCCGGAAAACAGGGGCCAGGGUGGCGGUGAAGAGGCUCCAGUGUGACGCCCCGGAAAACGUGGAGCUAGCUCUGGCCGAGUUCUGGGCUCUGACGAGCCUGGAGAACCGUCACCAGAACGUGGUCCAGCUAGAGGAGUGCGUCCUGCAGAGGAACGGCCUGGCCCAGAAGAUGAGCCACGGGAACAAGCGGUCCAAACAGUACCUGCGCCUGGUGGAGACGUCACUAAAAGGGGAGCGCAUACUGGGUCACCCAGAGGAGCCCUGUUACCUCUGGUUCGUCAUGGAGUUUUGCGAGGGCGGGGACCUCAACCAGUACAUCUUGUCUCGCCGGCCCGACCCCCAGACCAACAGGAGCUUUAUGCGCCAGUUGACGAGCGCCGUGGCUUUCCUACACAAGAACAACAUCGUUCACCGUGAUCUGAAGCCCGACAACAUUCUCAUCUCGCAAAAAUCUGGUUCACCUGUUCUCAAAGUGGCCGACUUUGGCCUCAGUAAAGUUUGUGCCGGCCUUACCUCCAAGAACAGCGAAGAACACCCUGCGGCAGGCGGCAGAGGCAGCAACCAGAACAACAUCGUCAACAUAAACAAGUUCUGGUUGUCGUCGGCCUGUGGCUCGGACUUCUACAUGGCCCCCGAGGUGUGGGAGGGCCACUACACGGCCAAGGCGGACAUCUUUGCCCUGGGCAUUAUCAUCUGGGCGAUGAUCGAGCGGAUCACUUUCAUCGACGCAGAGUCCAAGCGCGAACUGCUGGGCACCUACAUACGGCAAGGCACAGAGAUUGUACCUGUCGGCGAGGCUCUUUUGGAGAACCCCAAGAUGGUUCUCCACAUCCCUCAGAAGGCCAGGAGCUCCAUGUCCGACGGGGUGAAGAAACUCCUCCAGGACAUGCUGGCGGUCAACCCUCAGGACCGGCCAGACGCCUUCCAGCUGGAGGUGCGGAUGGACCAAGUCACGUGUGCUGCGUGACAGCCCCUCAACUUCCCGAAACCUCUCCUUUUUUUUUUUUUAACCUAACCAGUCAAAGAAAGGACCACUCUCGUUCCCAGCUUUGUUUACUUCAUGGACGUGGACUACAAUGGAAAAAAAGGAGCUCUGACAAACUGAACUGUGAAGGAUCCACAAGUCCAUGAUUUGAGCGGGAAGUGAUGGACUGGCUAAUGAUUCCAAAACUCUGGGACAGGAACAGUAUGCAAACAAACCAGACCACAACAGUGCACUUCCAGCCACAGCCGGUCACCACGGAGCUGCGGACGUUUCAUUUCACUGGUGGAGAAUGUCAGUGUCUGGCCUGACUGGAUAUGACAACCAGGUUUAGGACCGUUUGAUAUUUAAUUUUUGAUCCCAACAGCCCCAGUAAAGGCCUGCUCCUCCUUAACAUUUAUCAUUAGGGCUGGGUAUCGCCACAGAUUUCCUAAAUCGAUUCCGAUUCACACGGUCCCAUUUCAAAUUAGAUCCUAUAGCAAGUCGAUUAGGGAUGUUUCAGGUACAAUACAAGUUUUGCUUGGAUACGAAAGAGAUUCUCAGAGAACCAAUGCUGCAAUAUGUACAAGGAACCCUCUAACCUGCUGCAGUAUUAAAAAUAUGAACGCUGUCGUUAACAAUUGACCCCAAAGCAGUUACAUAGAGACAGAAGUGCCGUUUUAAUGCAGAGGGGGUGAUGCAGAGACAGAGACCUAAAGCCACAUCUGGGAAAACGGCCAUGCCAGUUUUUCCCUCGCCAAAAUGAAGCCAAACUUUGGAGCGUUAUUCAGCAUUCGAAUAAAUUUUUUUUUUUGAUCAUCUAGUUUCAUAUGAUACCAAUAUCUUCAGUCUGGCUUUGACGCGAAUCCUCUUAAAAGAUCGAUCUCAGGAUUUUAUGAAUCGAUAUCGGCUCAUUCAAAUGAAGCUCAAUUUGAAUCGGAAAAUCAAUCUAUUUUUUUUUAAAAGCCCAGCCCUAUUGUAUAAUGUACUUGUCUGUGGCACAGGUAACGGACUGGACUGAACCAGUAUCUUAAGGUCAAAGCAUCAUUUAAUGAUGACAGUACGUUUGCCUUUGCUCCGCUGCCCUGUACAACCUUGUGCCUUAACGCCGAUUCACAUUAAGUGCGAUUGCAUCGUGAAAUGAAAACGAUGUUGUGGGUUACAGAGGCACCCGAGGCAGCAGCUUCACGAUGCCGCAACCACUUUGGUGUCGUGCAGGUUUCUUUAAAUCGACCAAAGGAAUAUUUUGCUUUUCAAUGAUGCCACAAAUUUGUUAACGAUUUCCCCCGGCUGCGAUGAUGUCAAGUGAGAAUGGGAUCAUUCGGUGGCUCUCCUCUACUCAAAAGCUCAAGUGCAGUGACGAUGCUGAAGCUGAAAUAUACAAAACUUAAAUCAGUGUGUGUCACAUGUACGCUUGUGUUUAGAAGGUUUACAAGGAUAUUUCACACCCCUGUUGCCACACUCCAGAGACGCAACAAAUGUGAAUUUGGAGUGUUUUCACGUUGUUUUGAAGGUGUUUUACAGAAUUCUCCUUAGAAGUAAGCCGGCCCGUGUCAACUCCAUACAAUACUGUGCUAUUGUAACCAAACAAUUCAGAUUUUCUUUUUAUGUGGGCAUUAGUUCCUGUUCAAUCCAAAGAGCAGCUGUUUAUCUGCGUUCAUCCUUUUAUCAUCACUGCAAAGCUCAGUAUGAACACAGUUUCUAAAUUAAGGUAUGACUAAGAAACAGUCAUGAUCAUUUUAGUGGGAUCUAAAGCUGUUUCAUGCUUCUUAAUACUAAUUAAGAUACUAAUUUCACUACAGUUCAAGAUAUCAGGUCAAUGGGUAACUUUCAAUCAGCUCUCAUUAAGAGACACUGAGCGCCGUUCUGUACUCUUACUGGGUUUUUCUACGGGAACAGCCCGACACCUGAGCAGUUUUGAGACAUCUGUGGCCGAAUCUUUUCUCGAGUAUCUGAUUUGGAGACUCUCACAGGAAAUUUGAAGAUUUCCCCAUCUGGAAAUAAUCCCCAAAAGCAACCACGGGAUGCCCAUCCUAACUGGACUAUCCUUUUCUUCCUUCCUCUCUUGACUGAAGUGUUUUUAAAACUCUGCAGUGGCACGUAAUGCCGCGUAGAACACGUUCAGUCGGUCUUCUAUCGGUGUUGUGAGAAAAUCAUGGCUUCUUUGUGCUGUAUUUCAUGCAUCCUUAUUGUUAAGCAAAACAGUAUUUAGCUACAUUUACACUACUACAGUACUUUUUUGGUUUUUAAGCGGCAUUUUGAGCCAAAAACGAUCUCCAUGCACGCAAGAGUUUUAGCUCCAGUAGGAGAACUAAUCUCCGUUUAAACUAACACGCCCAGAACGCAUAUCUCAUGACCAUUCAUGAUUACUGGGCACAAACAGGAAGCAGAUUGUAUACUCCGCCCGGUUGGUGGUAGUUGCUUGUAGUUGCUACAGAGACUGCGGAGAUAAGACCAGAGUUUUCUCUUUCUUGAUCUUGUUUGGAUCGGCUACGAGGUCGAACGGUUACUGGGAGUAACUCGUGACUACAAGGCGACAGAAAACACAGACUGGGAAUCUGUCUGACGUUGCUCUGCGGUUGAAAAUCAUCGCUGUAUAAGUUGAAAAUACAGAAAAUACUGAGAAAUGGAGAAAGACCAACAAUGCCGGAAAGUAAGAGCAGGGAUUUCGAGGUGGAACUGUAACUGAAAGGUCUGUAAGCGACCUAACCGAUAAGACUGACUGGCGUGCGUCUUUCGUUUCCAAAUGUCUCCGUUUGUGCCCGUCUAGACUACAAAGCAACCCCUGGAGUUUUCAAACCAAAACGGGGGCAGCGGUGUUUCCAAAUGUCCCCGUUUUAAGAGCCCAGACACUCCGGUGUAGCGUGGACGCGAGGCGUAAACACAGCAAAAGACAUUCGUUUUUAAACCAAAAUGUAGCAGUGUAAAUGUAGGCUGAUCCACAGGUGAGAUGUUACUUGAAGCAACUACAAUUUCCAGGAAAAUAGAACAAAAUGCAAAAGUUUAACUGCACAGAAUAAUUGAAAUGCAGAGAUCAAAGCAAACAAGAAGAGAGGAGUUAAAGCCUACAGCGGUGAGCCUGACGGGUGGGGUGGGGGGGGUGGUUGUGUUUUCCAGACCCAAAAAUCUGUGCUAGCCUUCACUCCUCAACACGGGCCAGAGGAAUGGCCAAAAACCUCCUGUUGGUUUCGUAGCACUGCGUAGAGUUUUGAAAUCAGUGACUCAGAAGUAGUAGUAGAUUUUUAAGGUCCUACCUCAUUCUCAGCACUUUGAAACAUCUACAUCGACACUGUCCUUAACUUUGUCUUAGUUUCUGAUACAAGGAGAACUUUGCUUGAGUGGGGUCGAUUUUUUUAUUUUUUUUUUUAUUUUUUAUUUUACCUCCGACCCCGUCUCUGUUUAACCUUUGGACUGACUUCUCUGUGUGGGGUUUCACUUUUCUACAAGUAACAGCUAGCUUUUCCCUCUGUCACUACCCGAUGUGAGUGGUGUGGUGUGCAGAUGUGAGUUGCGAAUGCGUCACUUUGCGACAAUGACCAGAUUUUACGCAGAUCUGUUGUUGUGCUGUUAGCCACAGAAUGAUGAGAUAGGUACAUUACAUACUAGUAAUUUAUUAUUUAGUGUAAGGCAUCACAUUUUCACGGCACGAUCCCUGAUGUCAGUUCAAGAUUAGAGGCUGAAGUAGCCGACGAGAAGCUGCUAACGAGAGACUUCUGUAAUGUCAACGCAAAUAAAAUGGACCUACAUAACGAAGUUUGUUCACUGGUGGCUACAAGUUAGCAAUCAAACACAACAAAGGCUGUCACUUGAAUGGCGUUUCGAGCUAACGUUAGCAAUCAUAGAUAGCUAAAACGUUUGCCGGAUCCAGAUCCCUUGGCGUUAUGCCGCAAACCGUACCACUCGACUCACAUCGGGUAGUGACACCCUUUGUGAUACAACAUCUGCAACCUGUUACCUUCCCUCUUAACGGCUGUAUCACAGAGAUAGUCGAGCACAACAAUGUUGUUUGCGUUCAACAACUACAGCUCCCAUGAGGCUAUAUUAGUGCCCGAAGGAGUCUAUGCCUGAAGGCCUUUGUGUGUUUCAAACAAAUAAGUUGGCGUGGUGGGUAAUACAACCAUGUCUUAGGUCAGAAGUGUCAAAAGGCAGUUAGAGCCGACUCAUGGCUGCAUCCCACCGGCUGCCCAAUCAAUCAAUCAAUCCUCAAUCAAUCAAUCCUCAAUCAAUCAAUCAAUCAAUCAAUCAAUCAAUCAAUCAAUCAAUCGUGGUGUUGAAUUCGGCCAUUACCACGAACUGUAACAGAAUGAACUGAGUGAAGAAUAAAAUGACAAGUUAAAAGAGUUCAAAUUGUCUGUUUUGUUGGACAAUCUGACAAGCCCUUCAUUUGAGGCAUACAGAGACCUUAAAGCCACCUCCCAGAGAUCCGCGGUGAGUCCGUGAGGUAGGGCGCAGAGCAGAGACGCAAAGCGCAGCGCGGGAACGUUCUGGAAUUGGUUGCGCCUUGAAAGGUCAGCCGCAACGAGGUCAAAGUUGAAAUAAUUUUUACUUUGAGCGCAGCGCACAGCGAGAAAUCCCAGAUGCUAGUCGGGCGGCGCCGCCCUCCCCCGCGGUUUCACCCCUGAUCGCGUGUAGGCGGCUUAACGGACGCACGCAAACCAUUUCCUCGUGAGCAUGCGAAAGUAUCUCGUGCUCACGAGAAACCAAUCUAAGGCUAACACAACGAUGCUAACAAAGUACUGCUAACGUCAUGCGGCUAUCGUUAAUAUUUCACAUCCACAGCAUGAACCUUAUUUGUUGACGAUACUAUCCGGGACAUUCCGUUGCGUUUUCAGAAAGAUGAAUACCGCACAAGAAACGUUUUUCGUGAGCACGCGAAAGAAUCCUGUGUUCACGAGAAAGUUUCUUGUGCUCACGCGAAAAAAAAGCAAUCCCACAUGUCUCUUUAGGGCCUCCAUAAAAAGUGCUUCCUUUUGAAUGUUCAAUUUCCUAUGAAAGCAAAAGAAAACGGACACUUAUGCUGAAUGUAAGGGACUCUGUGUGCGUACGGAGAUAUCGGGAGCGAGAAGUUGUUGAAUGCUAACCCAUUGCUGUUGUUAUAACAUGAAAGAUGUUCAAUUUCGGGGUGAGACUUUAACUUUUCACCAAAGGACCAGUGUAGCACGUAGAAAAUCAGUCAUUCACUCUUCAUGCUGAGAUGUUCAAUCUCUGACCUGCUCUGCAGCGUUCAGUAUGCUCGUUUCUUUAGGCAUUAAAGAGAACAUAUAGUUAUUGCUAACAGCAGAUAUUUACAACUUAAUCAUCACUACUAAAACUGUCCACUGUCACUGUACUUUUCGUAUGAGCCGUUUUCAUUUCUCUCUCUCUAAGACUCAUAAUGAUUCCACUUGAAAACACUCACACACUAUGCAAAAUGUUUCACUGCCUCACUGCAAACACCGUACAGAGCCACACCUUUCUCAAACCGUUGUGUGUAAUAUCUUGAACUUUUUUUUUUUUCUUCUUUUUUUUUUCUUUUAGUGCAUAUUUCCAGUGUGUACAGAACAGAAAUGUAUGUUUUAAUAAGAACUGCUUUUUAAUGACGCUGACAGGAGCCAUUAGAUGUUUGAGAAAGCAUCGUGUUUUUUUUUGUUGUUGCUGUAAAUAUAUUUGACAACUUUUCUUGAAAUAAAUGAACAAAACUAUGA